GCUUUUCAACGUCAAGAUGCGACAACACCAGGAGAAGCCGACACAUCUGCUUUCGCUGCGAACCAAUGGUCAGCGAGAAGCAUUGCCACAAAUUCUUCGCGGACAGAAAACGGCGUACCACUGAGACCAAGCCCGCACACUCCUGGCCUCUGCCAAUCGAGGCUACAUCGAAGCAAGAGGUCAAGCGAUGCCGAGCGUGCUCUUUUGAUGACCUUGCCCAAGAAACAAGUCGCAACGCUGCUGAUCGACAACUACUUCGAUAAGAUCCAUUGGUGCUUUUUGAUCUUCUUUCAAGACGAGUUCAAGGAGCGCUUCGAAAACCUGUUUACUAGUAUUUCUCGCGAUGAUGGGAUCAAAGGAGCGAGCAUCAGUUUCGUCAGUCUCGUGCUUGGCGUAUGCCUUACUAGCCUACCGUAUUUGAGCGACGAGAAACGGUCUGAGUUAGUCUGUUUAGCCGUUGAUUCAGCAUCACUGCAAGAACAAAUACUGUCCAUACUGAGACUGAAGCUCCUAGACUAUGUCUCUUCCGGGUCUAUCGAGGCGGUGCAGACAUGCAUCCUCUUGGGGUGCUUUCACUUGUACCAUGGAGAACCCGAGUUGGCCUGGCCGAUAUGCGGCUGUGGCUUGCGAAUCGCUCAAGCACUCAACCUUCAUAGGGCUGCAGCUGAUCAACGAUCUGGAGUACCCGAUUUCGAUGACCCAGUGACCAGGGCUAUUGAGACCAAGAGGCGAUGUUGGUGGUCAAUCUAUGAGACGGAGACUAUCUGUUCUAUGCUAUACGGGUUUCCCUUGAGUAUAGUUGAUGAAGAUUGUGACGUGGAGUUACCUGAUCCAUAUCCUUUGCGAUCGAAGGACCCAUCUUGGAAAUCCAACGAAUGGAAAGCAGCAGGUAAAGCGACACUCUUAUCAUUCAAACGAGCUAUGGCUGAGUUGACGAUAAUUGUCAAAUCUGCUCUUUCUCGCCUGUAUGGAACACAACGAAGAUUGCGAGAGAAAGACCAGAUGGAUAACGCCAGCGGGUCUGACCUGCAGCUUUUGAUCAGUACGAUAGCCGAAUUGGAUGGCAGGCUUAAGACAUGGCGAGACCAUCUUCCUGUGGAACUUCUAUUGGGCGGCGCAAUCUCCAAGUCACAAACAGAGAGCCUCGUUGGCGGGAUACCCGAAAGCUUAAGAAGUAGCUUUCCUAGCCAAACCAAACGACUCCAACUGUUUGGAGUCCAAUCGCUUUCUCUCAAACUCGCUUUUGAGAACGCGAGAAUUCUGGUGCAUCGACCUCUUCUUUCCUACAAGACGAUGGCUAUCGCGGGACAUUCUCGUAAUGCUCUACCUCUCCGCUCAGCUGUUCGAGCAUGCCGCGACGCCGCUUUGCAGAUAGCUCAGGUUGGGUCCACUUCGGAAUUCAACGAGGUCGCUGGUACAUAUGCUGUAUCAUUCGUGGCUUUACAUCUCUUCACAGCCGGGGUAGCUCUAUCGAUAUUAACCAGCCUUGAACCGCUGAGUCGAGAGUCUUUCGAGUCAAAGAUGGGCCUUCGCCAACUGAUUUCCAUGCACUCUCAACUGAAGGCAAAGUCUAUCGUCGCCGAGCAAGGUUUCGAAAUCCUCAAGAGGCUGAUGACGCUUGUAAUGUCAAAGGAAACCGAAAGGAUGCUUCAAUUUGAGGGCCCAGCAGAUACACAACACGGAUGCAGCUCAGAUUCGACUCAGCGGACAUCUGACUCAAUUGAAGUAGCAACACAGAGUAAUUCUGCCACACGCGCUGGAGAGAGCCUUCCCUCUACAGAUUUCCAAGGGACAUCUCAGGACGAUUUAAUGGACGACUCAAGACCCGACAUUCCGGAAGACCCAGCACAAAUGGCUCGCUCAGAUCUUGGAUUCUGCGAAGACCCUCUGGUGACUCAAGCUCUUCUGGAUUUCGAACAAGCCAUGAGCUACGAUCCAAAUGGUGUACUUGGAGGUGGGCUGGCAGAAUUUGGUGAUCCGUUCGUAGAGAGCUGUUUCGGUGCACAUGAUCAAGGCUGGAUUUGGAACCCAAGAAAUUGA